AUGGUAAAGGAAGGUCCCAACUGGGAUGGCCUGCUCAAGUGGAGCCUCUCUCACUCCGAUGGCACCAACACGUCGCGUACUCUAAGUGAGGAGGAUAGGAGAUGGUUCAUGGAGGCUAUGCAAGCUCAAUCGGUCGACGUUAUUCGUCGAAUGAAGGAGAUAACACUAGUUAUGCAGGCUCCAGAGCAUGUUUUGGAGUCUCAGGGGGUCACACCUCAAGAUAUUGAAGGUUUGUUAGACGAGCUGCAAGAGCACGUGGAGUCUAUUGACAUGGCCAAUGAUCUUAAGUCUAUUGGUGGGCUGGAACCUCUCAUCAACCACCUGAAGAAUCCGCAUGCUAAUAUCAGAGCAAAGGCUGCUGAAGUUGUCAGCACAAUAGUUCAGAACAACCCAACGAGUCAAAAGUCGGUGAUGGAUUCUAAUGGCCUUGAACCACUUUUGUCGAAUUUUAUUGCUGAUCCUGAUGUUUUAGUCCGUACCAAAGCACUUGGUGCAAUCUCAUCCUUGAUCAGACACAACAAGCCUGCAAUUGCCGCGUUUCGCCUGGCCAAUGGUUAUGCAGCUCUAAGGGAUGCUUUGGGUUCUGAGAGUGUGAGAUUUCAGAGGAAAGCCCUUAAUUUGAUCCAUUAUUUACUCCAACAAAACCAUUCGGACCUGGCUAUAGCCACCGAACUCGGGUUCUCUCGUAUUUUUUUGCACCUCGCCUCAAGCCAAGACAUAGAAGUACGUGAAGGUGCACUCAGCGGACUUCUUGAGCUAGCCCGAACUGAAUCGAGCCGGCCCAAUGACAUUUCAUUCGAAGAAAACGAGAAAUUGAAGGAAAUUUUGCAAGAAAGAAUUAGAGGAAUUAGCCAGAUGUCUAGUGAGGAUCUUGGGGCUGCUAAAGAAGAAAGGCAUCUAGUGGACUCUCUUUGGAAGACAUGCUUUAAUGAACCGUCUCGUCUUGGUGAGAUGGGUCUACUUUAUCUCCCGGGAGAAGAUGGGCCUCCCCCGGAUGUCGUGGGCCAGCUUUUUCAACAGCCCCUGAGGACGUGGGCCGCUAAUCGGGAUCCUAAUGGAAAAUCGAGUAGCGAGGAGAAGAAGCCCGUGUUGCUCUUGGGCCUUGGGCCCUCGUCCGGGAUUUGA